AUGCCAAGGAGACCUCCGUCUGUUACUGACGACCGGUCUUCGGGCCUUUUUCCACAGCUGCGUACUCCAGAAAUACUGGACGGCGAAUCCCUGGCACAGUCCUCGUCCUCCGAUUCGGACCUCGACAGCUCCAUCAUCAAUAAACUGGCCUCUCUGGACCGUCUUCCCAAAGAUAACCUGCCCAGAUUCUACUAUACCGAUCUCUACGACACCUACGCACAACCACAAAAAAGCUUUGAAGAGUCCGAUUUUCAAGCUUACGACCGCAAAAUACACCUAGAGGAGAAAAUUAGAGCAAGACUCCGUGAUACCACCAGACGGCAACUGCCCUCGACGCACAACUCGGACUUCACCAACAUCCCCAUAGUCAACGUGAAAGACACAGGCAGUUUUACCACCGUGCCCAUCGACGACUGCGUCGAUAUCGAAGACCAGGCCAUCGAACUCCAAGAGGUCGAUAAAGGACGCUCAACGCUUAGCUACGCCGAUUUCUACGACCAGGCAGAAAUGAUCGUCAGCAACGAGGACGAGCUCGACUACAGCUUCUGUCGAAUCGACAGUCCACCGCAGAAAAAGUCCGCCAAACGCAAAUCGUUCUUCCAGUACUUCAAGAUCAAUACCCAUUAUCGUAUCCAGCGAAAACUGCAUGUUCGGCACCUCCACCAGAUCGCUCUUGGAGGAACUCUGGGUGUCGGAUUGCUGCUUUCUUCCGGAAAAGCGUUCUCGAUCGCCGGGCCGCUGGGCUGUCUUUUGGGAUUCACGUUCGCAGGCCUUAUUGUUCUGGCCACCAUGUUGUCCUUCUGCGAAAUGGUCACUCUAAUUCCUCUGUGUGGAGGUGUUUCCGGCGUGGCCAGCAGAUUCGUCGACGACGCGCUGGGUUUCGCUCUUGGAGUCGCAUAUUGGGUUAGCUACUGUAUCGGGUUCCCAACAGAGAUCACCGCCGCUUCGAUCAUGCUCAGUUUCUACCCGUCUCUUGACAUACCGGGCCCCAAUACUGCCGGCUGGAUCACGCUUUUUCUGGUCGUUGCCCUCGCUGUCAACCUGUGUGAUAUUCGUGUCUACGGUGAGGUCGAGUACUACUCAACACUCAUCAAGGUGCUCAUUCUCGUGGCGUUGCUGAUUUACAACUGUGUUCUCAACGCUGGUGGCUCCGCCCCUCACCACGAAAAAAUAGGGUUCCGGUACUGGCAGCACUCCAAGUCCGAUUUUGCAAACCACGUCAUCUACGGGCCGUUCAGACCAACUUUCGACGUUGCAGAUACAGGUACGGGCGCCCUCGGUGGAAUUCCAGGAGCCAAGGGCCGAUUCUGCCAGAUUUUGGUGGCUUCCAUGGUGGCAGCAUAUGCGUACGUUGGAACAGAGAUUGUGAUUAUUGCAGGCGGGGAGUCGCGUAAUCCACGUGUGGCCAUCCCCAGCGCAACCAAGAACAUUUACUGGAGAAUCCUCGUGUUCUACAUCGUCGCCGUCUUCAUCAUUGGUCUCAACAUCUACAGUGGAGAUCCAAGACUGUUACGCUACUUCACCUCGGAAAGCCACAUGAGCGAAGAGCAAAGACUCACCAGUGACGGCCUCGAACAGGCCAUCAUUCUCAUGAACGGAGGCGGCAACUGCAAGACCACGCUGCUUAACUGGGCCGGGUUCGCGAACGGCAACCAGUCCCCAUUUGUGAUUGCCCUGCAGAGUGCUGGUUUGUGCAGCUUUGCGGCUGCAGUGAACGGCUUUUUGAUCUACUUCGCGCUAACCGCGGCAUCGUCCCAGCUAUACGCGUCCUCACGAACACUCUACUACCUUUCAAUCCAAGGCAAGGCCCCCAAAGUGUUUUCCAUCUGUUCCAAGAGCGGUGUUCCGUACAUGAGUGUGUUGUUCACAGGACUGUUUUCCGCGUUGGCGUACCUUUCUGUCAACAACAACACUGCGCUUGUUUUCGAACGGCUUCUCAGUGUCUGUGCAUCAACAGGCCUGAUUGUCUGGAGCGGUAUGUGCUUGUCCUUCAUCCGGUUCUAUCAUGCAUUGAAACUGCGACCAGAUAUUAUAAGCAGAGACGACGAGAACUACCCCUAUAAAUCGCCAUUCCAGCCGUAUCUGGCCUACUUCGGCAUGGUUAGCUCGUUCUGCCUGGUGCUGGUCACCGGGUUUGUGGUUUUCAUCCGGGGACAGUGGUCGGCCGCGUACUUCGUGUCGUGCUACGGCUCCUUCUUCCUGUGCAUCUUCUGUUACACAACCUACAAGAUUUUCAGAAGAACAAAGAUCCACCGAGUCGACCAGCUGGACCUGGACUCCGGCCGACGCGAGAUCGACCGCAUCAUCUGGGAAGACGAAAAACACUACACCAGCAACUUCAAGGAGAUCAUCAAGAAAGGUCUUAAUUUACUGUUGUAA